AUUAGGUUUAUUAUUGUUUAUGUAAUCAAAUCACAGUCAAAUCAACAAAUAUAAUAUUUGACAUAAAAAAAGCAGUUCAUAGCCAUAAUUUUUCACAAUCACAAUUUAUAUAGAUUUUCCAGAGUUUUUCCUAUAAAAUUGUCUAUCAAAUGCUGGAAAGGUUUAUCAGAGCAGUGAGAGCAAUAAAAAGAACACCAUCUCAAAUUUCAUUAGUCAAAUCUGAGCGAAUAAACGCAUUGAGAAAACAAUUCGAUGCAUUUUUAGAAGAAGAUAAGAAGCGGAAAAGUCGUAAUGAAUAUAUUUUGGGUUGGCUUGACAGGGUCCGGACCUCUACCACUAUCACACCUGUGCGAUAUAAGGAAAAUCAAUGUGAUUACUCACAAGAAUUAAUAACAAAGUCGUCAGAAUAUUUACCUCGAUUCAGAACACCAGAUCCACACAGAAACAUCGUAUCGACAUAUAGAAAUUUAGAUGAAACGGCAAUAUUAAAAGAAAUAAGUAAGAGUUAUAUUUUGAUACCAAAGAAGCAUUCAGUUCCCGACAUCAAAAAUCGUUUUUCUAUACCAACUUCUUCGAGUAUAACUAAUUUAUCUAAUGAUACUGAUUGGAAAAGUAAAUAUGAUAUUCUUAAUGAAAUAAAACAAAACGAUGAAGAAUAUAUUAAUAAGAAACACCAGGAUGUACCACAAACUUGCAGCGUGCCAGAAAAAUUAUAUUAUGACAAAUACGACUUUCCAGAAAAAGACAAUAAUUCAGAUAAACAUAUUAACAUAAAUGAAACGCCCGAACAAAUAAAUAUUGAGAACAAUGGAGAUGAACUACGUAAAACAAAUGAUUAUCUAACAACUGCACCUCAAGAUACAAACAAAUAUGACAAAAUUAAAUGUAACGAAACACUUGAUCACACUAAAAAUAAUUCCUUGAAUGAUGAAAAAAUACAUGUCGCAAAUAAAGAUACGAUGGUCGAAGAUUCACUUAAAAAAAUUGAUAAUGAUUUUACAAAAAAUCCCGAAAAGUUCAUACCUGAAUUAAACGUAGUCAAUAAUGAAAACUUGCUGUUGACACCAGAAAAUCAGAGAAUUAUCAAUACAGAUAACGGUAAAACACAUGAAUUCGAAAAUGGAGAUUUAAAUAAAAUAAAUGAGGAUUUAAAUCAAAGAACUCAAGAAAUUAAAUUUAAGGAAAAAGAAAAUGAUAUUCUUAAUAACUUUAAAGAAUCUGUUAAUCAUGACUUCGAGACAAAAAUUCCAUACACCGAUAAGAAUGAAUAUAAAGAUCUGAACAAUCAAAAUAUAUGUCAAACUGAAUCGAAUGAUAAUAAACAGCACGUUUCGACAACACAAAAUUCGGAUUUUAUAAACGUAGAUAAAUUGGAAAGUACAGAGCGGAUAGAAGAAAAUAUUACAAACCUAUCCGAAACUCAAGAAAUUAUAGAAGAUGAUAACGAAGGUAAUAUUAACUUAAAAAAUGAAGAUAUUCCCAAAAGUUUCGAAGAAUCCAAUUUAAUCGGUUCAGGUGAGCAAUUCCAAACGGAUAUUGAAACAACUAAACUGAAAGAUACUACGGAGAAUGAUACAUCUCAAAUAAAAGAAUAUGAGGAUGAACAGAAAAAUAUGUUUUAUUCGGAAAAUCCCAAUGAAAACUACGCAUAUAAUGAAAAGUUAGGAGGAAACGCUGCAGAAAAUGAGACUUAUGAAAACAAUGAACAAUACUCUUAUUACGAGGCUGUUAAAGAUGAGGCCAACUAUGGCCCCGAAAUAAAUGAACACGCAGAAUCAACGGAACCUUAUGAUCCUAAUUAUGAGCAACAAUAUGAUAAUCAAUAUGUUGGUAAUCCUACCCAAUACCAAAAUGAAAAUUAUGAACAAGGUUACUAUAAUGUAGAAGAGCAAAAUCAGGAAUAUCAACAAGAACAAUAUCAAAAUUACGACCAACAAAACUAUGAACAGCAAUAUCACCAAUCAGAUAACCCUGUUGAACAGCAACAAUAUGAUAAUGUAUAUGAUAAUCAUAUCGUGGAACAAGAAAACCCUAACGUUACAUAUGAACAAGAUGUAUUGACCACCCAAAUAUCAAAUGAUGAAUCUCAGGGGGAAAAACAAGUAAAGCUUGAAAAUAGUUAUCAUGAUAAUGAUGAAAUAGGAAAUGAAGGGGUAGAAAGUGUACCUCAAGAAGAAAUUUCUCAAGUAGAACAAACAACUGAUUUAGAAAGAUCAUAAACUUCUAAAUGCUUUAAUUUUAAAAUCUACCUAGACAUGAAAUUAUUUUUUGCUUUAGCUAUAAAACCAAACUCAAAGAUUAACCAAACAAUAAAAAGAUAAAAAUACGCUUUAAUGAAAUGAAAUGUAAUGAAAAACCUGCUUGCUUGCUAGAUCCGAAAUAAAUUAUUUAUGUAGAACAUGUAAAAAUAUGAGUAUUGUCGCAAUAUAAUGUUUGUUUAUAAGAUUCUAUCUGCAUAAUAAUUUAUUUUACUUACUAUUAAAUUCGAUUUCGUAUUAUCAAUAUUCAAAUAAAUUUCAUUGAGAAUUGA